ACCAGCUUGUACACAGGGGAGAGAGGGCUGCCUCGCUGUUGUCUCUUCUCAGCUAUGGGAUCUUCUGGAAGAUGGAUGCUCUGGACCCUGUGUGCGUGUUUCACCACUCAGAAUGAUGCACUCAGGGUAACCAUGAGGGAAUCCAGCCUAAAGGUGGUUCAAGGGGAUUAUGUGGUCCUGCCUUGCUCCUUCUUCACCUCCAGCCCUCUCUCCAGACUCAAUGUCAUCUGGACUUUGGCUCCAGUCUCCAGUCCAGAAACCCCAGUGCAGGUGAUUGUGUACGACCAUGGACAGGUGAUCGAAGACCCAGCCCUCAUUGGCAGGGUGGACUUUACAGGCAUUCCCUGGAGCGCAGACAUUGUCCUGAAUGACACACGUGUAUCGGAUGCUGGUAUUUACCGCUGCAUGGUCAAUAACCUACCAGAGACAGCAGACCCCGGCAUAGGGGAACUGGAGCUCAGUGUUCUGGCACCGCCAUCGCUGCCUGUGUGCCAGUGGGAUGGAGACAUCGAUAUGGGAGGAAGUGUCACCCUGUCCUGUUCAGUGGCGGAGGGCGUCCCCACGCCGGAGAUCCACUGGGAUAAAUUGAGUCCAGAGGAAAUCGCACUUCCCAUCAACAUGGAGGGGGAUCUGUCAGGCUUGGUCCAGAUAGUCAAUGUGUCUUCUCAGACAUCCGGCCUGUAUCGCUGCUCUGCUACGAACAUCCUUGGAACAGAGAACUGCUACGUCAACCUGUCCAUCUACAGCACCCCAGACAGUUCCUCGGGCGUGCUGCAGGGUGUGCUGCUGACCUUGUCCAUGUGCUUGGUGUUGCUGGCACUGCUGGUCCUAGUGCUUUGGCUCCAUCGCACGGGACAGGACGGGUGGUGGAGGGAGGGGAAAGAAGAGGAGGAAGGUUAUAAUGAGAUCGGGUAUACUCAGUCCCUGAUGAAGCGCUCAUUUGUUUGAUUUUACAACACUUACAGGGAUUCGAAACAAAUGCUCCACUCUCUGUGUCAAAAGACUUCCAACACUUUGUUCCAUGUUGAUUUUUACAGUCUAGCGCUCCCUGCAUACCACUGCGAUGCUGUACAGUAUCACACAUUUUGAAAUAAAUGCAAAGUUCCCAAGAUGUGUGGUAUUUCACUUGCAAGUUCUACCUUCAGCGUCAUGCACCAAAAGUUAAGCCUCCAUCAGAUGUCCUAAAGCUUCAUCCUCUACUUUGAAUUCUUCAGCUCUUUUAAAGGACCAGUGUGUGGGAUUUAGUGGCACCUAGCAGUGAAGUUGCAAAUUGCAACCAAAUGAAUACUCUCCCACACUUCACCCUCUCCUUCCAAGCAUGUAGGAAAAACUGUCACUGUCGAUAUAAAAGGCUCAAUUUAAAACAAAGACACAAUGACUCUUAUUUUCAGGUGAUUAUACACUAAUGAAAACAAACUUAUGAAUAUUAUAUCUAAUUCCUGCCAUUAGAUACUCUUACACCCUGGACCUUUAAAAUGGAAAAUACUCUGAAACAUAUUGUUACACAUAUUGUACCAUGUUUUUAGAGUUGAUCUUUGUGUCUUUCGACGAGAAUUCAACAUGUUCUUGUAUUUUUAAACAGAGAUGUAAUCACCACAUGUCCAAAUGUGGUUGCAGUGUAAUUCAGACAUGAACUCUGUAAUAAAAUACUUAUUUGGAUAAGCACACUCUGGAUAUCAGCUGCAUCAAUCACAAGUCCUGCACAGACCUGAAUGUUUGUACACAGA